AAGUGGCUCGAUGCUGACGCGGUCGUGAAAGUGUUCAUUCAAGAUGCGUCACACACUCCAUUUGAGGACGAAGUGCGUGUGUGGCAGCAGCUCCGCCACCCCAACGUCCUCAAAAUAUACGGCGCCUGCAAUGCUGGUCCUCACCUGCUGUUCUUCGUGUGCGAGUACGCGAGUCAGGGCUCACUCCUCGAGCAUGUCAAGUCCUCAGCAGAGGAGAAACCGACGAUGUGGAAGUACCUCUACGAGGCUGCACUAGGGCUGGAGUAUCUCCACGAACGAGGAAUAGUCCAUGGCGAUCUGCGAUGCAGCAGCAUCUUGAUCGGCAGCGAUGGCAUGGCGAAGCUGUCGAAUUUUGGACUGAGUGGCUUGAUCAAGCGUCCCAGUGCAGCGUCGGGUAAUGUCGUUGGGUUCAUGCGCUGGCAGGCUCAAGAGGUUAUGGAAGGGGUUCCACCAUCGUUCGAGUCGGACGUGUAUUCUCUGGGAAUGUGCAUUCUGGAAGCUGUGACCAAAGAGAUGCCCUGGGGCAGCAAAAGCACUGAUUUGCCUGCCUUGGCGUGUUGCCAUGCUAUGCAUGGUACGCUGCCCACGCGGCCAAAGUGCAGUGGCAGUCAAUGGAAGUUGGUGGAAGGAAUGUGUAAGUUGGAUCCGAAGCAGCGGCUUAAAAUCUCGACGGUGGUGGACGAGCUG